ACGUUGCUAGGGUUUGUAGUCACGGUGUCACUCAACUCAACGAGGAUUUAGGGUUGAAGCUGCCUUGAAGGGGUUUGAACUCAGAUAACGAGAACAAUGGCUUGUAGGGACGACGAUUAUAGAUUUCUUCCGAUAGUUGACGCCAUUUCCGCCAUCAAUCAAAAUGUUAACCUUGUUGGUGUCGUUUUAGAAACAAGUAUUCCUCGUCAGUUUAAGGGCACCGAUUGUUUUUGCACUGUCAAGAUAAUAGACGAAUCGUAUUCUUCUCCUGGGCUACUUGUCAACUGCUUUGGAGAAAAUAUGGAAAAGCUCCCCUCUGUGCACUCAGCUGGAGACAUAAUACUCUUCUCUCGUGUUAUGAUAAAAUCUCACUGUGGAGACGUUAAUGCUGUUUUCAACAAAAAGAUCUCCUCAUUUGCCAUAUUUGAGGGAAAACAUGGCACUCAGUUUCUACCCUAUCAGGCAUCAGCAAACUUUCAUCCAAGAGACGAGGAUAAUAAGUUUUUGGACUGCCUAAGGAAGUGGCUGCUUAAUCGUAACCCGGACGAAAGCAUUUCGUUGUUCGGGUUGAAUGAGUAUUUACCCUUGGAAGAUAUCAGAGUUGGAGAACACCUUACUUUGAUAUGCAAGGUGCUUCACAUAUGUAAGGUUCAAGAAAACAAAUGGAUGGCCUUUGUUUGGGAUGGCACUGAUGCUCCACGAGCUAAUAUGCGAGCAAAGAAAGAAAAUGAAAUUGAAAACCUGCCACCUUUACAAUUGGAACCAACUCCCUUGCCAAGAGACGUUUUGCUUAAAUUCCCAACCAUUGGUACCAUUUUGAGGGUGGUGAUGGAAGACGAUAAUCAAGGUCUUCAAUUACUAAAUUGUGACAGAUGGGUGAAAUUGGUAAAUGUUAAAUGUGAAAAGUAUGCUGGACUCUGGCGGUGUAUGUUAAUGCCUUCUAGCAAACUUCAGUAUCUGUCAGACACCGAAAAACUCAUAUCGGAAUCACAAAGGAACUAUGAAAAGCGGUUAACCUUAAAACGGCGUCGAGAGCCAUUUUCUGUCCACUUGCCUCCUCCCUCUUCAAUGAUGACAGAGACAUCUUACACAGAGAUGCCUUUCGUCACUUUAAUGGAUGUUAUCACCCAUCCAAAGGUAACUGGUAAGUUUAAGUGUGCGGUUAGGGUUAUUGCAAUACGUCCAUUUCAGUCGGAAGAUUUCUGCUCUCCACAAGGAAUAUACAGGAUAACAUUGACCCUAGAGGAUGCAACUGCCAGAAUCCAUGCAUUUUUAUUUGCAGAAGAUUCGGAGUAUUUUUUCGAUGGAUAUCCUUCUGACAGGACAUUGAAAAGAACUAGGAAUGCUUUGCUUGGAGUGAUGAUUCCAAGUGGGAGGAGCAAUGAAGAACAGCAAUGCGCCCAAAGGAAUCCACCAUGGGUGCAGCUUUGUUUAAAAUCGUAUUAUACCGAUAAAAAUGACAAGUGGGGAACCAGGAAGUAUAGGAUCUUUGCAACUAAGGUUGUGGACUGAGUCGACUGACCUUUUAAUCAUGUAAAUGUUUUGUUUUGCUACGGUAGGAUUUGGUGUUUUGCAGUUAAUUGCAGACCUUUUUGCAACUAAGGUUGUGGGCUGACCUUUUUAUCAUCUAAUCUUACCUCAAAAAUGUUGUAAAACAUUAUUUUUGGUUUUUUUGCUACAAUGGGAGUUGGAUGUUUGAAGUUAACAAUACCAAAUCUUUUUUGCUUCUCUGA